AUGGACAUCUUGAACGUCGACGUGCUGCCUCCUCCAGGACACGACGGGGAUGAUGAAGCAACCGACGACCACACCCUCUUACGCCUCCAUGUCUCUACUACUUCUCUACAAGACGGCAGCGACGAUAACCCUGUAUUAAGCGAGCAAGAGACCGCCAGUUAUGACGCUUCUCAGACCCCCUCGCAGCACAAUUCGCACCGUUCAGUCGCCCAGAAACGCUGGAAGAUCGGCAAAGGCAUUCAGCUGAUUCUACUCAGAAAAUAUGUGCACUGUGCCAAGCAAUUUAACAGGAUUCCAGACAGAGAGACGACCGAGCAGUUGCUGGAGCAAGGUUAUGACGAGUUUUACUAUCAAGGGGGCAAUCUAAACGAGCCCCGACUAAAUUAUACAGCCUUUUUAAAAAUGGUACGCAAUCGACGCAGCGAAGUGGCCAAGCAGAACCGAGCAGGCAGCUACAGACGUCAAAGAGGAUUGACGAAGAAACACCAGAAGGAGCAGAUGGAGAUACGAGCGUUGAUUGACGAGUUGGAGCACGUUCGACACGGUCAACAGAGAGAUACUGUGGAAUACGACGCUUUGGGCUCCAGUUCGAGAGCAGUGAUGACGGACACUUCGGUGCCGAUUCUGUCGGAUACGUCGUCACUUAUGGGUGAUACAGGCACGGAUGGAGGGGUCUCGGCAGGGGAUUUAUCAGCACCAGAGACGUACUCGUCCGUCAUGUCCGGGACGGAUAGUGGCAGCGAUGACGUGGUCGUCUCGAGGUCAAAGCUCGAUUUGAUGCUGCGGAUGGCACAGGAAACGCUUGUGGCUCAGAAGAAGAUCUUGGAGGAAGUUCGAGCCAUGGAGCAACGAGUUACGGGACUUCAUUAG